AUGCUUGUUAGAGUACACUCACUUUUCCUUCUGGCGGCCAUUGCCGCCUCAGGAGAUCUGGCCACGGCCAUCCCCUUCGAGUCAUCGUCUGCACUUUCCCCAAGAGACAUGCCGCGUCCCCGUUUCGGAAACGUCCCGUAUGGUGUCGAUAUCACCCAGUGCACAGUAAAGGGCAAAGUAGCUCUCUCCUUCGAUGACGGCCCCGGCGAGUACACCGAGAAGGUUCUCGACACCCUCGAGAAGAACGGCAACAUCAAGGCUACCUUUUUCCUUGUUGGCACCAACGGCAACAGCGGCAUGGUGAACUCCGCAUACGUCCCUGUCAUGAAGCGCAUGUUGAGUGCUGGUCACCAACUUGCUAGCCACUCUUGGAGCCACAAGGAUCUUGAUACCAUUUCGAAGCAAGAUAAGAUCGACGAGAUUGUGAAGAACGAGGAGAUUUUCGCAAAGACGCUCGGCAUCAUCCCGACGUACUUCCGCCCACCUUACACCCACUGCGGCGGUGAAUGCCUUGCUACCCUUAACGAGCUGUCAUACCAUGUUACCGACUACAACCUCGACACCAAGGACUGGGUCGACAACGGCUCAGGUUCCAAGCAGGCUUACUCCAGCGCUGUUAACGCCGGUAACCCUGCGAGCGACUCUUUCAUUUCACUGUCUCACGACAUCCACACCUUCACCGUCAACGGUUUUGUCCAGUACAUGAUCGAUGUCGCCAAGGAGAAGGGCUUCGAGUUUACCACCAUUGGCGACUGCCUCGGCGACCCCUCCUCCAACUGGUACCGUGAUCCCACCAGCGGCGAGGCAGUCGGUGCCACCAAGGAGGAGCCUAAGCCCACCACCACCACCAAGCCCGCGGUGCCGACGACGACCUCCGCCCCCGAGGCGAAGACCGAAGCGAAGACAACUGCCUCAGCUACCGAGUCGGCUACUGCAAAGGCCACCCCAUCGAAGAGCGCCUCCGAGGAGGACCGCGAGAAGGACCGCGAGACCGCGGGAUCCAGCAGCGCAACCACUGCGAAGCCCCCGACUGCUUCCGCCACGGUGAACGGCGGCGCCAACGUCGGUCUCGGCCCCGUAACCCCCACCGGUGCCGCCGAUGGCGUUGCGCCCACAAGCACCCCGACCCACGUUGGGGUCAGCGGCGCCGGACGUGCCAUCUUCUCCGUUGGCGGUGUCCUCGCCGGCGCUCUUGCCUGGGCUAUGAUGAUUUGA